AUGGCUCCCGUCGCCACCAACACUGAAAACACCCGUCAGGUUCGCUUCGUUGACAAGCUCAAUGCCGACACCGCUCCCGUCCACGAGGAAUCCAUCUCUUCCGACAACCUCGAGGCCAGCGGUUACGAUGAGGUAGAGCGUUCCACCUCGCUCUGGGCCGGCUCCAUGCCCGCUGCCCAGGGUCUCUACGACCCAGACAACGAGAAGGAUGCCUGUGGUGUCGGUUUUAUGUGCCAAAUCAAGGGCAAGCCCGCUCACAAGAUCGUCUCCGAUGCUCGCUUCCUCCUCUGCAACAUGACCCACCGUGGUGCCGUCGGUGCAGACGCUCGUGACGGCGACGGUGCUGGUGUCAUGACUGGUAUCCCGGACACCUUUUUCCGCCGUGAAUCUGAGCGCGACCUUGGUGUCAAACUUCCUGCUCAGGGUCAGUACGCUGUCGGUAACCUGUUCUUCAACCCCAAGGACGACAAGGCCCGCGCCGAACACGUCAAGAUCUUCACUGACAUUGCAGACAAGCUCCACCUUCGUGUUCUCGGCUGGCGUGACGUCCCCGUCGACAACUCAAUCCUCGGUCCUGCCUCCAAGAGCAAGGAGCCAAAGAUCAUGCAGCCCUUUGUCGUUCUCAAGGACCACUACGGUUCUGGCAGUGCCCCUGCUGAGACUAGCAAGCCCUUCGACCAGCAGUAUUUCGGCCGUCAGCUCUACGUUCUCCGCAAGCACGCCACCCAUACUAUUGGCCUCCAGAACUGGUUCUACAUCUGCUCGCUCAGCCCUACCAACAUCAUCUACAAGGGUCAGCUCAGCCCCGUCCAGGUCUACAACUACUACUACGAUCUCAACAACGUCCACUACGCUUCCCACUUUGCUCUCGUCCACUCGCGUUUCUCCACCAACACUUUCCCCUCGUGGGACCGUGCUCAGCCCAUGCGAUGGGCUGCACACAACGGUGAGAUUAACACCAUCCGUGGUAACAAGAACUGGAUGCGCGCUCGUGAGGGUCUCCUCAAAUCCGAGACUUUCGGCGAUGAGCUUGACAUGCUCUACCCCAUCAUUGAGGGUGGUGGAUCCGACUCGGCUGCUUUCGACAACGUGCUCGAACUCCUUGUCAUCAAUAACGUUCUCACCCUUCCUCAGGCUGUCAUGAUGAUGAUUCCAGAGGCAUGGCAGGGCGCUUCCAGCCACAUGGAGCCUGAAAAGGUCGCCUUCUACCGAUGGGCUGCCUGUCUCAUGGAGCCAUGGGAUGGUCCCGCUCUCUUCACCUUCGCCGACGGUCGAUAUUGCGGUGCUAACUUGGACCGAAACGGUCUUCGUCCUUGCCGAUACUACAUCACCGACGCCGACAUCAUGAUCUGCGCUUCCGAGGUCGGCACUGUCACCAUCGACCCUAAGACCGUCAUUGCCAAGGGCCGUCUCCAGCCCGGCAAGAUGCUUCUUGUCGACACCGUCGAAGGUCGUGUCGUGGAGGACCGUGAGCUCAAGAUGUCGACUGCUCAGCGUGCUGACUUCGCCGCUUGGCUCGAGAACCAGAUGCUUCGCUUGCCCGAGAUUGUCGACACCGUUCGACGCAACACUGGCAACGCCAUUGCUCCCGUUCUUGACGACGAGCGCCUCAGCACCGACCCUAAGCUCCUUGCUUUCGGUUACACUGCUGAACAGAUCAACUUGCUCAUGCUUCCCAUGGUUGCUGACGGUAAGGAGGCUCUUGGUUCGAUGGGUAACGAUGCCCCUCUUGCCUGCAUCUCCACCGCACCUCGUGUCAUCUACGACUACUUCCGUCAGCUUUUCGCUCAGGUCACCAACCCUCCCAUCGACCCUAUCCGUGAGUCGGUUGUCAUGUCACUCGAACAGUACGUUGGUCCUGAAGGCAAUCUUCUCGAGAUGAAGCCCGAGCAGUGCCACCGCUUGCUCCUCCCUUCGCCCAUCCUCAGCAUCGACGAGCUCAACGCUAUCAAGCAGAUUGACUCUGUCCACUCCGAUUGGGCUGCCAAGACCAUCGACAUCACCUACGACAAGGGUGAGGGCAUCAUCGGCUACGAGCGCACUCUCGACCGCAUCUGCACCGAGACUUCGCAGGCUAUCCGCGACGGCUACCGUGUCGUCAUCCUCUCCGACCGAGCUGUUGGUACUGACCGUGUCGCCAUCUCGUCCCUCGUUGCUUGCGGUGGUGUCCACCACCACCUGAUCCGCAACAAGGAGCGUAGCCGCAUCGCCCUCAUGAUCGAGUCUGCCGAGGCUCGUGAGGUCCACCACAUGUGUGUUCUUCUCGGUUACGGUGCCGACGCCAUCUGCCCCUGGCUCGCUAUGGAGGCCAUCCUCAAGGUUUCGCGCGAGGGCCUCGUCAAGGCUGACCUCUCGGCUAACCAGCUCAUCGACAACUGGAAGCACGCUGUCGACAAUGGUAUCCUCAAGGUCAUGUCCAAGAUGGGCAUCUCAACACUUGCCUCGUACAAGGGUGCCCAGAUUUUCGAGGCCCUCGGUCUUGCCAGCAGUGUGAUUGACCGCUGCUUUGUCGGAACUGCCUCGCGUGUCUCGGGCUCCGACUUCACCCUUCUUGCCAUGGAUGCUCUCGAAUUCCACGACCGUGGUUACCCUUCGCGUGACACCAUCUCAGUCCCCGGUCUUCCCGAGUCGGGCGAGUACCACUACCGCGACGGUGGUGAGGCCCACAUCAACGACCCCAUGGCCAUCGCCCACCUCCAGGACGCCGCUCGUGAGAGGAACCAGGCUGCCUACGAUGCCUACUCCAAGGCCUCGCACAACGCCGUCAAGGCUACCUCGCUCCGUGGUAUGCUCGACUUUGACUACACCAAGUCGCGUGCCAUCCCAAUCGACCAGGUUGAGCCCUGGACCGAGAUCGUCCAGCGCUUCUGCACUGGUGCCAUGUCGUACGGUUCCAUCUCGAUGGAGGCCCAUUCGGCUCUCGCCAUCGCCAUGAACCGUCUCGGUGGUAAGUCCAACACUGGUGAGGGUGGUGAGGAUGCCGAGCGUUCCAUCCCUCUCCCCAAUGGCGACUCGCUUCGAUCUAAGAUCAAGCAGAUCGCCUCUGGUCGGUUUGGUGUCACCAGCAACUACCUUGCCGACUCGGACGAGCUCCAGAUCAAGAUGGCUCAGGGUGCCAAGCCUGGCGAGGGUGGUGAGUUGCCCGGUCACAAGGUCUCGCCUUCGAUCGCCCGCACACGUCACUCGACUGCCGGUGUCGGUCUCAUCUCACCUCCCCCUCACCACGACAUUUACUCGAUCGAGGACUUGAAGCAGCUCAUCUAUGAUCUCAAGUGCGCCAACCCUCGCGCUCGUGUCUCUGUCAAGCUUGUUUCGGAAGUCGGAGUCGGUAUUGUUGCUUCCGGUGUCGCCAAGGCCAAGGCCGACCACAUCCUGAUCUCUGGUCACGAUGGUGGUACUGGUGCUUCUCGAUGGACUGGUAUCAAGUAUGCUGGUCUUCCUUGGGAGCUUGGUCUCGCCGAGACCCACCAGACUUUGGUCCUCAACGACCUCCGUGGUCGUGUCACUGUCCAAACCGACGGUCAACUUCGUACCGGUCGCGAUGUCGCCAUCGCCUGUCUCCUCGGUGCUGAAGAGUGGGGUUUCGCCACUACCCCUUUGAUCGCUCUAGGCUGCAUCAUGAUGGAAACAAUAGAUCUCAAUACGUGUCCUAUUGGCAUUGCUACUCAAGACCCCGAACUCCGUGAGAAAUUCGCCGGUCAGCCUGAGGCUGUGAUCAACUUCUUCUACUACCUUGCCGAGGAGCUUCGUUCUAUCAUGGCCAAGCUCGGUAUCCGCACCAUCAAUGAGAUGGUCGGUCGCUCCGACUUGCUCAAGGUCGACGACAGCCUUCGCACUCCCAAGACGGCCAACCUUGACCUUAGCGCUCUGCUCAAGCCUGCUCAUGAGAUGCGUCCUGGUGCUGCAACCUACAAGGUGCGCCAGCAGGAUCACAAGCUCUAUGUUCGUCUUGACAACAAGUUCAUCGACGAGGCCGAGCCUGCUCUUACCCAGGGCUUGCCCGUCCAGAUCGAGUGCGACGUUGUCAACACUGACCGAGCUCUUGGCACCACGCUCUCGUACAGAGUCUCGAAGUUGUACGGUGAGGAAGGUCUCCCGCGUGACACCAUCCACAUCAAAGCUAAGGGCUCGGCUGGUCAGUCUCUGGGAGCCUUCCUGGCUCCUGGUAUCACCAUUGAGCUCGAAGGAGAUGCGAACGACUACUGCUCGAAAGGAAUGAGUGGAGGACGUUUGAUCGUCUAUCCACCCAAGAUAUCGCCCUUCAAGGCCGAGGAGAACAUCAUCGUGGGCAACACAUGUCUUUAUGGAUCAUGCUCAGGUCAUGCUUAUUUCAGAGGCAUUGCAGCCGAGCGUUUCGCUGUUCGUAACUCCGGAGCCCAUGCCGUCGUCGAGGGUGUUGGCGACCACGCCUGCGAGUACAUGACGGGAGGCCGCGUAGUGAUUCUCGGUCCUACCGGUCGCAACUUUGCUGCCGGUAUGUCCGGUGGUAUCGCUUAUGUUCUCGAUAUGAACCGAGACUUUGCCAGCAAGUGCAACACCGAGAUGGUAGAACUCGGACCUGUUAAGGACCCCCAGGAGAUCGCCGAGCUCCGCAACCUCAUCGAGAACCACCGCCACUACACCGGAUCAACCGUUGCCGACCAUGUCCUCCAUGACUUCCACCAUCUCCUGCCUCGUUUUGUCCGAGUCAUGCCAUUCGACUACAAGCGUGUGCUCGAGGAGGAGGCUGCCAAGGCCGCCGUCGAGAAGAAGCGUUCGAGCCAUGUCGACUUGCUCGGCACUCUUUCUCGCCACGGAAGCCAGGUUGAUGUCUCUGUCUCCGAGGACAACCCCAAGGACAACACUGCCGACCGUGUUCGCGAGGUCCCAGCUGCCAAGCCUGCUGAGCCCGCUGUCGUCGAUGUCGAGGACUCCAUGGUUGACGACGAGACCGCCAAGGCUCGUCUCAACAAGCUCGACAAGACUCGUGGCUUCAUGAAGUACAAGCGCCUCGGCGAGCACUACCGAACUCCAGCCAAGCGAGUCAAGGACUACAAGGAGCUUUCGACCCGUCUCAGUGAGGCCGAGCUCAAGUACCAGACCGCUCGUUGCAUGGACUGCGGUGUUCCCUUCUGCCAGGCUGACACUGGUUGCCCCAUCUCGAACAUCAUUCCCAAGUGGAACGACCUUGUCUUCAAGGGACAGUGGGAGGACGCUCUUAACCGUCUGCUCAUGACCAACAACUUCCCCGAGUUCACUGGUCGUGUCUGCCCUGCUCCUUGCGAGGGUGCUUGUGUUCUUGGUAUUACCGAGCAGCCUGUUGGUAUUAAGUCCAUCGAAUGCGCUAUCAUCGACAAGGGUUUCGAGGAGGGCUGGAUGGUCCCCCGACCUCCCAAGGUCCGCACCGGCAAGACCAUUGCUGUUAUCGGCUCCGGUCCGGCUGGUCUCGCCACUGCUGAUCAGCUCAACAAGGCUGGUCACUCCGUCACCGUCUACGAGCGUGCCGACCGUAUCGGUGGUCUGCUCAUGUACGGUAUCCCCAACAUGAAGCUCGACAAGGGCGUCGUCCAGCGCCGUGUCGACCUCAUGGCUGCUGAGGGUGUCAACUUCAUCACCAGCACCUAUGUUGGCCCUGACGUCGACCCAAAGCAGCUCCAGGCUCAGAACGAUGCCAUCGUCUACGCUGUCGGUGCCACUUGGCCUCGUGACCUCAAGGUUCCUGGCCGUGAGGCUGAUGGUGUCCAUUUCGCCAUGGACUUCCUUGCCCCCAACACCAAGUCGCUCCUCGACUCUGGCCUCCAGGAUGGUCACUACUUGAGUGCCAAGGGCAAGGACGUCAUCGUCAUCGGUGGUGGCGACACUGGUUGUGAUGCUCAGGCUACCGCUCUUCGUCACGGAGCCAAGAGCAUUGUCAACUUCGAGUUGCUUCCUCAGCCGCCCAACGAGCGAGCCAAGGGUAACCCAUGGCCUCAGUUCCCUCGUGUCUUCAAGGUCGACUACGGUCACGCCGAAGUUGCGGCACAGUGGGGUUCUGACCCUCGUGAGUACUGCAUCUCGACCACCUCGUUCGAGAAGAACGCUGAGGGCAAGCUCGUUGCUCUCAACACCAUCAAGGUCAACUGGGAGCUUGACGCUUCCGGCAAGUGGCAGAUGAACAAGAUCCCUGGCUCCGAGAAGCGAUGGCCAUGUGAUCUCUGCUUGCUUUCGCUCGGUUUCCUUGGUCCCGAGAACGACGCUAUCUCUGCGCUCGGUCUCGAGCAAGACGGCCGCAGCAACAUCAAGGCUGACGACCAAAAGGGCAAGUCGCCUUACAAGACCAACGUCGAAGGUGUCUACACCGCAGGUGACUGCCGACGUGGUCAGUCGCUCAUCGUUUGGGGUAUUCAGGAGGGUCGUGCCUGCGCUGCUCAGGUUGACCGAGACCUUAUGGGUAACACUCGUCUCCCAUGGGCCGGCUCGAUCAAGAAGCGUGAGUUCUUGCCCAUCACUGGCGCUGUCCUUGAGAAGGCUAAGGUCGCUGCUACCGCCUAA